GUGAACAGCAGCGGCAUGCCAGGGAAGCCCAAGCACCUGGGCGUCCCCAACGGGCGCAUGACGGAGACCAGCAACUUACCCAAAGUAACAGUUAUUAAGUGGCAGAGACAGGAUUCAAAGUCUGUGCUGAUACCCACCUUGCAGUAUAAUUGGGCUCACCCAGCAUAUGCUGAGGGAGGAGGGAACCAGGGACAAUGGAAGGUUCUGGCUGUCUCAGAUGGAGAGCUGAGCAGCACGGCAGGGUCCAAGGGCGAGUGCGAGGGCCGUGGCAGCUCCCUCAGCAUCCACAGCCUCCCCAGUGGCCCCAGCAGCCCCUUCCCCACCGAGGAGCAGCCUGUGGCCAGCUGGGGCCUAUCCUUCGAGCGGCUGCUGCAGGACCCACUGGGCCUGGCUUACUUCACUGAAUUCCUGAAAAAGGAGUUCAGUGCAGAGAACGUGACUUUCUGGAAGGCCUGUGAGCGCUUCCAACAGAUCCCGGCCAGCGACACCCAGCAGUUGGCUCAGGAGGCCCGCAACAUCUACCAGGAAUUCCUGUCCAGCCAGGCGUUGAGCCCGGUCAACAUCGACCGCCAGGCCUGGCUCGGCGAGGAGGUGCUGGCCGAGCCCCGACCCGACAUGUUCCGGGCACAGCAACUUCAGAUCUUCAACCUGAUGAAGUUCGACAGCUAUGCGCGCUUUGUCAAGUCCCCGCUGUAUCGCGAGUGCCUCCUGGCGGAGGCGGAGGGGCGCCCUCUGAGAGAACCUGGCUCUUCGCGCCAAGGCAGCCCUGACGCCACGAGGAAGAAGCCGAAGCUGAAGCCUGGGAAGUCGCUGCCGCUGGGCGUGGAGGAGUUGGGGCAGUUGCCACCUGCUGAGGGCCCUGGGGGCCGCCCGCUCCGCAAGUCCUUCCGCAGGGAACUGGCGGUUGGGGUGACAAACCCUGCCUUGCGCCGAGAGUCCCAGGGCUCCCUCAACUCCUCUGCCAGUCUGGACCUCGGCUUCCUUGCCUUUGUCAGCAGCAAAUCUGAGAGCCACCGGAAGAGUCUUGGGAGCACCGAAGGUGAGAGCGAAAGCCGUCCAGGCAAGUACUGCUGUGUGUACCUGCCUGAUGGCACAGCCUCCCUGGCCCUGGCCCGACCCGGCCUCACCAUCCGUGCCAUGCUGGCAGGCAUCUGUGAGAAACGAGGUCUCUCUCUACCUGACAUCAAGGUCUACCUGGUGGGCAACGAGCAGAAGGCCCUGGUCCUGGAUCAGGACUGCAUCGUGCUGGCAGACCAGGAAGUCCGGCUGGAGAACAGGAUCACCUUUGAGCUAGAGUUGGCGGCUCUGGAGCGCGUGGUGCGAAUCUCGGCCAAGCCCACCAAGCGGCUGCAGGAAGCCCUGCAGCCCAUCCUGGCGAAGCACGGCCUGAGCCCGCAACAGGUGGCGCUGCGCCGGACAGGCGAGAAGCAGUCGUUGAAUCUGGGGAACCUAGUGAGCUCAGUGGCGGCCCAGCGACUGGUUUUGGACACUCUCCCAGGUGCAAAGUUCCUGGAAGCUGGCGAAUUACCUGCCUGCCGCAGCCAGGAUGGCCCACCUAGGACCCAGGACAAGGUUGCCCACCCCCCUCCACUGCCCCUCAACCUGCUGGCCGAAGUGCCCAGGAGUAUCACUGGGAAGCGUCAGACCUGUGAUAUUGAAGGCCUGGUGGAGCUGCUGAACCGGGUGCAGAGCAGCGGGGCCCAUGACCAGAGGGGCCUUCUGCGCAAAGAGGACCUGGUGCUCCCAGAAUUUCUGCAGCUGCCUGCUCCAGGGCCCAAAUCCCAGGAGGCCCCACCACAGACUGAAUCAAAGGGCCAGCCCAAAGGAGGCACCUCAGACUCCACUGCUGAGUCAGCCCUCUGACAGCUGCCCAGCAGUCCAGGCUGGCUGCAUGGCACCUGGCGGGCCAAGCAUGCCAUGGGCCCGCACUGCAUGCCCUGUCUGUGCCAUGAGUGUCUCUGGCCACUUCCUACCAUGGGCAGGCCCACAGGAAGAGCCAGGAAUGGGUGGAGAGGCAGCUUAGAGGAGUCACUCCACAGCUGCCACUACUUGGUUCCUCACAGACUCGCUCACCCAUCUCUUUCUGCCAGGCUGCUGGGGAGAGGUGGGCCUAGCUGCCCAGGUGCAGGCAUGCCCAACACAGAGGGGUGGUGUUGGCAGUGCCAGCCUCCCCACCCUGUGCCAAGCCUCAGCAGGGAGUAGGAAGAGGGGCCGGCCCCUCCUCAGGGAAUGAAUAUGAGUAGCCUUUGGGGUGCAGGCAGACAGCUUCUCCCUCUACCCACAUAGGCUCUACUGGACACAUGGAUUUUGCAGUUGGCUUGGAGCAACUGGGUUUGUCCUGGAUGUAUGAUAUUGUUAUUAUAAUAAUUAUUAUUCUGCCAUGAA